UCCUUUUCCAAUUUUCAUUUCCUGUCCGUCUCUCUCUUUCGUCGUCCGACCCAUGACUUCUGCGCUCUCUGCACCAGAGACAGAGGCAGAGAGUGUGUGAGCGGGGGAAGGAGAGAGGAAAGCCCUAGAAACCUCCGUUUUCAUGGAGAAGCUCUCGCAUUCUCGGAAACCAAACAGGGCCACCGCCUCCGUUACACUUUCCAAGAACGCCGGUGGCAAUGGCGGUCUCGGAGCCAAGGCUUUGUUCGAAGAUGUUUACGGUGGGCCACCCAAGUUCGGCGUCUCGACCCUGUCUCCGCGUGUCGAGGACUACAGCGAGAUUUUCGAGAACUUCCACGCGUCACGCGCCUCCUCCAUUCCGGUGCUGGAUCUUCCGGUGGUUGACGAGUCCGAGGUUUUCUUUGAUGUACGGAGCUGCAGCUUCGACUACUCCGAGGUCUUCGGGGGUUUCGAAGGCAUAGAUUGCGCGGUCCCGUACGAGGAGUUGCUGUUUGACCAGUCCAAAGGUGGGAAACAAGAUUUCUCUGACGACGAAGCUUGGACUCCGGCAGGAAGUGAAUCUCUUUCAGAUGAUUCAGAGCACGCUGAAAGGAACCAUUUCUUGUCCAAUGGGGAUUUUUACCAGUCAUUUGAUGAUAAUGUGGAGUUCAACAUGUUGUAUCAUAAGGCUAAUCAAACAAGCGACAAAGAUAUGUGCAGUGGAACAACACACAUAUCUGAGCUACAUGCUGUUCCUGGAUUCACUUUUGUAUUUGACGAAAGUGCUCCCUUGCAAAAGACAGAAGAUGAGAAUCCAUUCUCGCAGGUCACCGGUGAUGAUAACCUCAGUACGGAUUCUACUGGGGGAAUGAUGAAGGGAAAGCAUCUGAAGAAAACCAUGUCUCACCCCCUUAAUGGUGCUGCUGGCAGAGAGACAUUUGGAAAUGAUGUUAAGCCUCAAAAAGCAUAUACAAGAAGUGGUUCUCUUCCUAAUGAGAUGUUUGUAACUGUAUCUGAUAUCAGCCUUAGAACUCAGCCCUCUCAAUUACCUCCACCCUCUCGACCACCACCUUUUGCAGAUGUCAAGAAGGAUGGUUCUGGUAGGUUGACCUCAAAUGGUAAAUGUAUUGUUUCUGAAGGGUCUGAAGGUGAUAGUUCACCACCUUUCUUUGAUGUGGAGGUUGAUGCGAGUUCAUCUGCUGCAGCAUCAGCUGCUGCCAUGAAGGAAGUAAUGAAGAAGGCUCAAGCAAAACUCAGAACUGCAAAAGAAUUUAUGGAUAGGAAGGAAGGAUUUCAAAGCAGUGCAAAAAUGGGUCCAAAGAAUCAUAUAACUCAUAGGGAAGUGAAGGCGAGUAAGAUUGUUGAUGAAUAUGAUAGUUUGAGAGACAAUUGUGUGCAGAAAGCUUAUGAAAAAGAAGACAUUGAAAUGGAAUUUUCAGACAGAGAGGAAACACAAAAGGUUCCAAAUAUAGCCCAGGAGAUCCCAUAUUCAGUGGAAGAAGAGAAACUUCUAAAUAUUGCUAAAAACUGUGCAGAGAAAAAGCAUGGCAAGGAGUACUGGUCAUCUCUAGGUUCUGAGAAAAUAGAGGGAGGUAGCGAAUGGAAAGAAGCAUCACAUUUUUAUGAAUUGGUGAGACCAGAUAAGACUGGUAAGGCUCUUGAGAGCCACGUACAUAUUUCAGUCAAUAAUGCUAAAAUUGAUGAGCGAGGGAUGAAGGAGAAAAAUGUAGCCGUGGAAGUUUUUGAGGUGCAAGAAGAAGAGAAUAAGAAAGUGAAAUCAGCUAGAGGAAAACCUGAGCUGCAGUAUCAGAAGAAAUCUAAAAUGGAAAAUGAGGUUUGUGAAGGAGAGGAAAAAUCUGAAGAGGAGUUCUCAUAUGAAAUGUUAAUAGUAAAUGGGAGAUCAGAAGCAGCAAAAGAGGCACACGGACUAAAAGAUCAUGAGAAGGUAAAAGUGGCUCAGAUGGUUUUUAAGCAGGUAGAGAAUGAGAAGGUUAGAAUAGACCAAAACAUUAUAGAAACCGAAAAGAAAUCAACUGCAGCUGGUGUAUUAGAAAACUGCAGCAACCUGGUUGAGGUCCAGAAGAAAGAAUAUAAACUUGAAGUUGAGCAGGCCAAGAAGUGCAAGGAGAAUGAACAGAAACUGAAAGAUGGUAAUAAAAAAAUGGAACAUCAGGAAAGAAUCAGGGAGUCAUGCGAAAGGGAAGACAAUGAAAAGAGAAAUAAUGAGUUUCUUAAACAGGACCAAAAUGAGAGAGGGCUUAAAGAGCCUCUUGAACGAGCAGAAGAUGAGAAAAAACUCAAGAAAGCUCAUGGGCGCAAAAAAAGUGAAAAGAGACUAAAACAGGAGGCUAAUGAGAGGUAUGAAAAUGGGAAAAAAGAAGAAGAGGCCUGCAAAACACAGGAAGAUGAAAAUAUAUUAAAAGAGGCUCUUGAGCAGGAGGAGAGAGCAAAGCGACUACUGACUGUUCUUGAGCAGGAAGAGGAUGAGAACAGACUAAAAGAGGGUCUUGAGCAGCAAGAGAGUGAUGAGAAACGAAAUGAAUUUGACAGAGGAGAAGAAAACGAGAAGACAUUAGAAGAGGCUCUGCAGUGGGAAAUAAAUGAGAAGAACCAACCUGAGUCUUAUGGAAGAACAGAAAAUGAAAAGAUUCCCGAAGAUGCUUGUACCAAAGAAGAGGAAAAGAGUCUAUAUGGAGCUUCUGGGCAAGAUGAUAACAGCGAAAAACUGAAAGGUUCUCAGGAAGGAUGUGACUGUGGUAGGAAAUCCAAAGAAGGAUUUGAGUUCGAAGAAAUUGAGAAGGAAUCAACAGAGGCUAGUAUUUUGGAAGAGAGUGAGAACAGGAUAAAAAGUUCUGUUGGGAAAGAAGAACUGAAGGGGCUAAACGAUGUGCAUGAGCAAUCAAAGAAGGAUGAAAAUGGGAAGACACUGAAACUGGUUAAAGGAACCUGUGUGCUCAAGGACGUGGAGGAUCUUGUGAUAUCUGAUGGGGCAUGGAAGCUGGAGGAUAGAGAAAACCUUGAAGCACCUAAGUUAGCCUGCAAAAAUCAUAAAAACAGCGGAAAGCUGGAAGAAACUCAAGAGGCCCAUUCUCAUGAAGGAAAGGGAAAGACAGAAUUCGGGCCCAAUGGUAAAGGAAAGGACUUGGAAGCAGCUGAAAUUGCAGAUGUACUGGUUGGUGAAAAACUCAAAGCAUCUGAUGUUGCUCAAGGAGACUUAGGACUCGAAGAGAACCGAUUUAGGAUGGAAGAUGCUAGAAAGUCGCUUCCUUUAGACAACAAUGUGAAGAAGGCAGGUGAACCUGGCUUUGGUGCUAGACAGACUCACGUAUAUACGAGUCUCUCACAGGUGGACUCUGAUCCCAUAUAUCAAGAUAGGAAAUUUUCUCAUGGAUUGGGAGAGAGAGCAGAUAACUUCAAACAGGCCCAGGCUGUUCUAAACCAGGAGGAAAGCAAGGACAGAUUCAUGUCAAUUUAUGUGAGGAAAGAAUGGGUUGAAAAUGGAAAGAAAAUAGAAGCUGCUUUGCCAGUUAUGUUGGAUGCAAAAGGAAACAUCCAGAAAACAGCUCCACAUGUUAAUGCAAAACAGACUACAACAAGGAAAGAGAAGAACUUUAGUCAGACCUCAACAUCAGAAGACAAAGAAAUGGAGAGGGUGAAGAGAGAAACAGAGCUGGAGAUGGAUCACCUUAGAAAGAUGGAAGAAGAGAGGGAAAGGGAGAGGGAAAGAGAAAAGGAUAGGAUGGCUGUUGACAGAAAAGCACUUGAAGCUCGGGAAAGGGCGUAUGCUGAAGCCCGUGAAAAGGCAGAAAGGGCUGCUGUGGAGAGAGCAAUGGCCGAGGCUCGUGAAAGACUAGAGAAGGCAUGUGCUGAGGCUCGGGAGAAGACGUUUUCCGAGAAGGCAACUAUGGAAGCUAGGCUCAGAGCAGAACGUGCUGCAGUAGAGAGAGCAACUGCAGAGGCUCGAGAGCGUGCUGUGGAAAAAGCAAUGGCUGAGAAGGCUGCUUUUGGGAUGAGAGAGCGGGUAGAAAGAUCGGUUUCUGAUAAAUUUAUGAGUUCCUUCAGAAAUAGUGAAAUGAAACGGAGCUCUUCUUCCUCAGUUUAUGGAGCUGCCUAUCCUAAUGAACUAUCUGAAGGAGUUGAAGGUGAAUCACCUCAGAGGUGUAAAGCUAGAUUGGAGAGGCAUCGGCGUACCACUGAACGUGCUGCAAAAGCUCUCGCAGAGAAAAAUAUGCGCGAUCUCCUUGCUCAGAGAGAGCAAGCUGAGAGAAAUAGAUUGGCAGAAACUUUGGAUGCUGAUGUCAGGAGGUGGUCAAAUGGGAAAGAAGGGAAUCUGCGUGCAUUGCUUUCAACCUUGCAAUAUAUCCUUGGGCCUGACAGUGGCUGGCAGCCAAUCCCUUUGACAGAAGUCAUAACUGCUGCUGCUGUAAAGAAAGCUUACAGGAAAGCCACUCUUUGUGUUCAUCCUGAUAAACUACAACAGCGGGGAGCAAGCAUUCAGCAGAAGUACAUCUGUGAAAAGGUCUUUGAUCUUCUAAAGGAAGCCUGGAACAAAUUCAACUCAGAGGAGCGGUAGCCCAGACAUCAGAAUUGUAUGAUGAAAUCGCUUGGCGUCACGCUUCACAUUUUGUAGUUUUAUACCACAAGUGUACAUCUGUAUGUCAAUCAGAUAAUUAUUGUUGUCUAUGUGGACUUUGAAUGUAAGCUUAAGCUCAUAAGUUUAUGAUUAAGAAGAAAAUAUAGGUAUGAUCCGAUGUCCUCAGUCCUCUACCCCCCACCUCAACUGCAGGGUAUAACCCCUGGAUGUUGAAAUGGAGUUUCUUUUUAGUGACUCCAGCUCAAUCAGUUUUAAGUGACU